UUGAGCGACCUCGGUAGAGCUGAAACUCUGAAAAAGAUACAAUAUUAAUUCAAGUGGUGAUGGUUGAAUUAUUUUGAAGUUACUUGAAGAUGUAAUAUAGGCUAGCAGUGAAAUAAUUAGUAGAUUUCUUUUGUUCUAGAUCCGGUAUUAGGCCAUUAUAAUUUUUAUGCCUCAUUUCUGGAAGGAUUUAAAAGGAAGCGAGCGGUCAUACUAAUUCGUACUAGGCCGCGAGUUAUCGUACGUAAGUAAGUGAAGGUAAUCCAAGGUAGGUGUAAGGCUAGAAAAAAUUCAGCUUUUUCGGUGCUGUUUCAUAAACAAAUGUUUGUAGAUUCUCUUGCACUUUUGCAUUCAUCUGAACUGGUUAUAUUGUAUAGUCAAUUAAUGCAGUCAAACAAGGCUUUGAUCAAGAUUGGCCAAAACAAGCGAUUACUGGAUCAGUGUCUUUGUUAUAUUCGCCAUUGUAUUCACCACGUUUCGCUUCAAGUGAUUUUGCAAUUUGAAUAACAAUGUGAAAUCCAUGGAAAUGAUGUACAAGAAUGAUUUAAGAAUUGGCUCCUCGAAUCGACACAACUAACGUACAUCAGCUCGUACCGUGUUCUAUACGUGAAUAUAUUCAUUGACAGCAAAAAAUAAUUGAAUUGUGGAGUACUUAAUGAUAGCGUAAACUCAGACCCAGUUUUAAGAAGUUGUAUACGCCACAACGAUGUAGAGAGACCACAGCUACAAAGAAAUAAUAACAAUAUCAGAAAGAAAUCUUGAAACGGUGAUAUCAAUGUCUGUCAAGACGAAAAGGACGACCACUACACUAAAAAUACACGUUAAAGGAUCAUUGAAUGAUUACCUUAGAACAGCCACAACGAAACCGCAUGCUUCGAGCUAGAGGCAGUCAGUUGUCAAAAAGGAGUGCAGUUUGAAGAAAAAAUAAAGGGUUGAGUGCUUAACAGAAGUCUAGUUAUGAGGUCCAUCUUCAUCGUCUUAUUCUUGCUUGUUGGGUUAUCAAAAGGAUUGCUUUCUGGCUGUCCAAAACAGUGUGAAUGUGGAAGUACUUUCCGCUGCACGGUCAAAGAUCUAAGGACGCUAGGGACCUUCCUCCCAUACAACGUCACAAGACUAGAUCUAUCAUCGCAAGGUAUAACCGAAGUGCCUGACGGGAGUUUCAUCAACUACACCGAUUUAGUUUACUUAUCACUUGCAAACAAUUCCAUACGAUCGCUGUCAAGGAAAUCUUUCUUAGGCUUGCAAAAACUACAAGAACUUCACCUUCAAAACAACGGCAAGAUACAGAUGGAUGAGAAAGUAUUCAGCUUUUUACGAUCGUUAAAAGUCAUCCAUCUCGAAGGGAACCAAAUGAACACGCUCGAAGCGGGCAUCUUCAACCUCACCAAAACCAUCAACAUCACCAAAGAAACCAUGAAAGAGAAUAUUCAUUGUAACUUCUACAAGAAGCCCCUGACAGAAUGCAUCGGCCCGCAUAUUCCCAAGUGCAUAGAAGCACUGAACUUGAAAGACGAGGAACUCGCGAAAUUCGAAAUCCAAGGUUGCGCGCAUGCGCAGUGUGAUGUCAAAGAAACGGGCAAGACGAUCGAGUGCUACAUGGCUUCGAGGAAUGCUAACGAGACGUCUUGGAGUAUCCUUGGAGAUAAUUCAGCCGUUAAGCUUGCGUUAUGGACGUUUGGCCUGCUUGCCGUCGCGUCAAACUUUCUCGUACUUCUGACGCUGGCUUGCAAUAGUGACGCCCGCAAGUCAGCGGUGUGUGUCUUCGUCAUGAACUUGUUGCUAGGCAACAUACUCAUUGGCAUCCAUCUUGUCAUUUUUUCUGUGUCAGACACCUUAACAUACGGGAACUUUAAACGAUACGGUGAAGGACGAUGGGAAAUUCAAUGGUGUUUACUGUUAUUUUGUAUCAAGUCUAUUGGACUAAUUCUGGUGGUGUUGUCACUAGUUCUUGUGACAAUAGAGAGAAUUCUAGUUAUAUUUUUCAAUUCUCCUCGACAUAUUGACUGUUGUCGAUCCAUUGGUUAUGUCAUGGAGAGUUGGUUAUUCGCCGGUGUUGUGGUCAUUGUAUUGUGGACCAAAACUGGAUCAUGGGGCUACCUGUGUUCUACACACGCCAACAGCAGAGACUUCAUAGACAUCGACAAAGGAAUCAAAAUCAGCCUGUUUGCAGUCUGCGUGGUAUUAAUAAUAUUAUACAUUUGUUUACUCUGUCGAGUCAAACGAAAAAAACACGAGAAUCRUGAAUACAGGACUACUGUGCGCAUGCUCAUACUUUUACUCUCGACAUUCAUCUUCUGGGGUGCUCCAUAUAUGGUCAUGGUAUUGGUCGUACCCAGGUUUCUAACGGUCACAGUGUCCAUGCAGACAUUAGCUAUUUCACUGACCGUCAAUGCAUGUCUCCAUCCGUUUAUUUAUUCGUACGAUAACGAUAAUCUAGAGAAUUUGUACAGUGCUUUAGCGUGUAAAAGAGACUCGUGUUUAUUUGUCCCUCUGGCCGUGCAAGGACAGACGUGUCUUCCUAAAGAAGAUGACAAGGCUGAACAAGAACGUGACGUCGAGCUCGGAACCGUACCGCGCAAGAGGUCACUGGAGUCAAUAUCGGUUCCUGAACACCACCUUUCCAGUACAUAUAGUACCGAGGCUUGCGCUAGACUCUCUGGAAUCCCUAAUACUACAGGUUUAGUAGCUGUUAGAGGGUCUGAGGUGUCAAAAACCGAAGGCGCUGUCAUCAUUAGGAAUAAGUCCCCAACAGAAUCCAAUUAUCAAGAAGAUUGUUCAAUCCUCGUUCAUUCAGCGCCAUCUUCUCCCGCUGCUUCGACUACAGGAGCACGACCAUUUAUCAUCGAGGAGCACAGCGAGUGCGGGACCUUGUCUUCUGAUACUAAUGUCACGUGGCUAAGUAGUGACUGUCCAAGUCAUGCGCAUUUGCGGAUAGGAGAUGGGAAUUCGACCACAUCGAGUCGAGCGUCGUCGAUCCCGUUAGGCAAGUCAGCGACAUCACCUCGUAUUCCUAGAAAAAGAUUAUCUUCUGUGAAGUCAGACUCGGAGAAAAGUGACGAUGAGGAAACUCACAGACGGAAGUCUCCUCCACCUUGUAUACCAAUCCCGGUUCUUGAAGAAGACAAUAAAAAUGAUCAACAGAAAACAGAAGAUGUCAGCAAGAGCAGCCGUCCAAUGUCUCCUGUUGAGAAGCUUUUUAAAGUUCUUUCACCGAAGAUGAGAAAGAAGCGACCAAAAACUGACGAAGGUCUUACUGGUGACCCUAAACCCUCAGGGGUAAGCCAAGGUAAGAGGUCAAAAUCAAUGUUACUUGGAAAAGAAGCCAAAACGACUCAAGUCAGCGAGAAUGUGCUGGAACCACUUCCUCCUGUAGUACUGCGGGAUAGGAAAACGUCACAGGCUCGGGAUAAAAGGAAUGCGGUAGUUGUCAUGGAAACAGGAGAGAAGGGAUUAGAACUAAAGCGACCGUUGAGUCCAAACGAGGAAAAUGACACAAGAACGAAGGCUGGUUCAUUUUCGGUAGGAAAGCCAGCGAACCCUAAAUCCAUGCUGAGACUAAGCAACAAAGACAAGAAGAAGAGGAAGAUUAAUCGUAGUCUUUCUGAACCCGUGCCGAAAGUACGAAUCUACGAAAAUCCCGUGGCGGAUUUUGAGAACAAUAACAAAACAACGGAGGACAGAGACGUCAUAUCAGGUGGAGAAAGUGUCCCCACGUCUCCUACGAGAAUAUUAGCCAAGUUAGAAGAAGGCGAUACCGUACCUGAACUACCCAAAGGCAUCAAACCUAAGUGUCGAAAUAGUACUUCAUCUACGAGUUCUAGCUUACGAUUAUCCAAUAAGAGUCUAGAAUGGGAUCCGAGCUAUGUCGAUGAGACGUACUCAGAUGCCCUACCCCCUCGCCCCACAGCACCACCAAAGGAAGCCCAAACAUCGAACACACCUUCAUCGAGUCAGAGAUCUAGUUAUUCAGGCGAUCAAGUGGAUUCUAACUUCAAGGUAGAUCCAUCGAGUAGGUUCAGUCUGGAGUGGGAUCCUACGAGCGUACAGAUGAGACUCAGCGUUAUCUCCCAUGAGUCGAGCGCGGGCUCAAGUUCCGAACCGUCGAGCGAACCAACUGUAGUAUAAUUGCCCUAUUUCACUAUGACGUCACUGCUUGUUUAUGUGGGGGAUAGAAUCGCCAAAUCCAAUAGAAAAUUCAACAAAAUUUGCUCCUAGUAAAACAGUUUAAUCUAAAAUGGCCUGGUUUUC